UGCGUAGAACGUUUUACCCUCCCCCCCCCGCCCGCCCCCUUUUUAUCAACCCUGUCUCCGAGGUACAUAGAACGCCUCUCUCCCGAAUUCAACACUCACCUCUUCCCCCCCCCCCCCUCCGCCCCCAACCCACACACAUAUUUGAUGGAAUACACUGACAACAGUUUUAUCCAGUACCGGCCCAGCAGCCACAGAACCUUGGCUUGUAUCUCCGCCUUCUUGUGUUUCUGGCCAGUUGGCAUUGCUUCGCUGGUGUAUUCCUGCCGGGCCCAGUGCGCCAAGAGCGACGGAGACUUCCGGAAGGCAGGCAUAUUGGGGAAGUACGCCAAGGAUUUAGCUAUUGCCAGUAUCAUACUGGGAAUAGUUCUGUUGAUUAUCCUGAUACUUGUCAUCGUUCUGAUGUUCCUGCCAAUGCUAAGGAGCGGAUAA